CACAACUUUAAGCAGCCUAAAGCCCAAAGAGCAGCAGUUGAAGGAAAAGCAAAGAAGGAAGCUCAAAAAGAAGAAGAAGAUUCAAAUUGCCGGUGGAUCCUCAUGGGAAUUAAUUUAGAAAUUCAGUGACAGGUGUUGCAGCUGAUAAAAGAAAGUGAGUAAACCUGGGACAUUUUCUUAAUUGAUUUUGUAGAGAAAAAACAAAACAUGUCUCUGGAGGUGAAAGAAAAGACCCAGGUGCGUCUAGUGUUUCUAGGGGCAGCAGGAGUAGGAAAGACAGCCCUGAUCAGACGCUUCCUCCAGGACACGUUUGAGCCCAAACACCGCCGCACCGUGGAAGAGCUGCACAGCAAGGAGUAUGACAUCGGUGGGGUCAAGGUCACUGUGGAGAUCCUUGACACCAGCGGCAGCUACUCCUUUCCAGCCAUGCGCAAGCUCUCCAUCCAAAACAGUGAUGCCUUCGCGCUGGUGUAUGCUGUGGAUGACCCAGAGUCACUGGAAGCUGUGAAGAGUCUCCGAGACGAGAUUCUAGAGAUCAAGGAGGACAAGUACAUACCAAUCGUGGUGGUGGGCAACAAGGUAGACCGGGAGGGUGAGCGUCAAGUGUCCAGCGAGGAUGUGUUGUCAACUGUGGAGAUGGACUGGAACAACAGCUACCUGGAAGCUUCAGCCAAGGAGAACGCCAACGUGGUGGAGGUGUUCAAGGAGCUCCUGCAGCAGGUGAACCUUCCCAGUCGCCUCAGCCCCGCGCUACGCAGACGCAGGGAGACAUUUCCAAAAGACACCGACUUCAGGCCACCCAUGAACAAGACUAACAGCUGCAUUCUGUCAUAAUGGAAGAUGGGGAAGGGGAGGUGGUUGUUUCAUAAAGGGGUGAAGAGGAUAACAAGAUAGAUGGUACGUUGUAGAACUCAGUGCUGCUGGAGGGAAAAGAAGAGAGAAGCCUGGACUUCAGUCAUUGCAGGUAAAAAGUGAAGAGGUGCCCGACUGUAGUUGCAGACCAACAAAGACACUCAUUACUGAGACGAACAGAAGGAAACUACAGACAGGACUGAACUGACUGAAUAUUUAUGAAGCAGAAAUAAAUGCACAGGAAGAAGUUGCAUUAAUUACUGUUGUUUACUUUAUGUAAUGUUGUUGCUGCUUAUCCGGUAACAUGCUGCUGGUGUUCAGAUCAAUGUGUAACUUUUAGAUUUUAAGUUCUAUGUUCACUUACAUCAAGAUAUUUUGACUGUUGAUACUAGAUUGUUUACUGAGGGUGUAUAUACUGUACACUGUGUUUUGUGAAAGCGUUGUAUUUCUCAUUUUUUAUUUAUUAAGUAAUUCACCUGUAGCACACCAUGUUUACAAUUUUUGAAGUUAAUUGUCACUGAGCAUGACAUUAUGUUGUCUUAUGUAAAAAAAGUGAAAUGCAAAUAUAAACUAACGCACUUUUUGUUUUGAAAUGAGUAUUUGUUUUUUAUAAAUACAAGUUUUUUAUCAUCACAUACUAUCACAAUGAAUAUUUUGUUGUUUAUUUCCCUAAUGUAAGUGAAAUGUGGACAAAAAUGUAUAAUAAAAAAAUAAAAAGUU